AUGGCCGAUGAUUUCCCCGUCACAAAACAAGUAUCCCAGGAUCCCGUGGUAACAGGCUUCUCUCAUCAUGCCGAUAACAUUGCCUCAGACCGGGAACCAUAUGGCCCCCCCGGUCUCAAGGGACUAUUAGCCAACCCUUUUGUUCUUCUAUGUGCCGCCUGCUCGACACUAGGUGGUUUACUCUUCGGUUAUGACCAGGGUGUCGUGUCAGUCAUUCUGGUCAUGGAUCAAUUCUUGCUUGAGUUUCCGCGCAUUGAUGAGGGUAACCCCGGCUCGGGCUUUGCGAAAGGAUUGUUGACUGCUAUGAUUGAGCUGGGGGCUUUAGUCGGUGCUUUGAAUCAGGGUUGGAUCGCUGAUAAGAUCUCCCGACGGUAUUCGAUUAUCGUCGCUGUUAUUAUCUUUACUGUUGGCUCUGUGCUUCAGACUGCUGCCGUUGGGUACCCCAUGCUGGUGGUGGCUCGGUUGAUUGGUGGUGUUGGAAUUGGCAUGUUGUCUAUGGUUGCACCAUUGUACAUCUCCGAAAUUAGUCCCCCUGAAUGCCGUGGUACCCUCUUGGUCCUUGAAGAAUGGUGUAUUGUCCUCGGAAUCGUGAUCGCUUUCUGGAUUACCUAUGGUACACAAUACAUGGUCGGCGAAUGGGCCUGGCGUCUCCCUUUCUUGCUGCAGAUGAUCCCGGGUUUCAUUCUUGCCGCAGGUGUUUACGCUCUUCCUUUCUCGCCUCGCUGGCUGGCUUCAAAGGGCCGCAAUGAUGAAGCACUAGAAAGUCUGGCUAGACUUCGUUCUCUGCCAACAUCCGACAGACGCAUUCGCCAGGAAUUUUUGGACAUUCAGGCUGAGGUGCGCUUCCACCAGGAGAUGAACAAAGAAAAGCACCCGGAAUUGCAGGGAGGCGGUAACAAGAACGCCAUUUUGCUUGAAAUUUCCUCUUGGGCCGAUUGCUUUAAAAAGGGCUGCUGGCGUCGCACUCACAUUGGUGUAGGAUUGGGUUUCUUCCAACAAUUCGUUGGUAUCAAUGCCCUGAUUUACUACUCGCCUACCCUGUUCGGGACCAUGGGUCUCGACUAUAGCAUGCAGCUCAUCAUGUCUGGUGUUCUCAACGUCGUGCAAUUGGUGGGUGUCACCACUAGUAUCUGGACAAUGGAUGUUGUCGGUCGUCGCAAGCUUUUGAUCUGGGGCGCAGCUUUAAUGGCCCUCUCGCACAUUAUCAUUGCCAUUUUGGUCGGCCUAUUCUCCUCGGAUUGGCCGUCACACAAAGCAGAGGGUUGGACUAGUGUGGCAUUCUUGUUGUUUUACAUGCUUUCAUUUGGAGCUUCCUGGGGUCCUAUUCCAUGGGCCUUGCCAUCUGAAAUUUUCCCGUCUUCCCUUCGUGCCAAGGGUGUCGCUCUGUCGACCUGCUCCAACUGGCUCAAUAACUUCAUCAUCGGCCUCAUCACUCCACCCCUCGUCCAAGAUACCGGCUACGGAGCCUAUGUUUUCUUCGCCAUCUUCUGUGUGCUCGCCGGAGUCUGGACAUACUUCUUCGUACCCGAAACCAAGGGUCGAACUCUCGAACAAAUGGACCACGUUUUCAAGGACAACUCUAGCGAAGCAGAGAAAGAGAAGAGGGCUGCAAUUGAAGCCCAGCUCAUUCAAGCCCAGUAUGAGACUGCUCAUCGCGAGUUUGCGUGA